GAAUGUAACGUGUGACACGAACCAAAUCUGUGUGCAGACUUCAGCUUUCCCUAAAGAGAAAAAGGGCAGAUCCAGGGUUUAUCCGUCGAACAGGUGGAGGGCGGCAAUGGCGUCGAAGCCCGUCAAGGUCGAGGAGCUGAUCGCCAAGAAGCUGGCGCUGUGGCACACCCGUACGUUCCGCCCCAUCAUGACCCACGAGGAGCUGGAGCCCCUCCUGGCCGCCGCCGGCUUCGUCCCGCUCCCCCUCCCGCCGCCGCCGCCCGAUGGGCAGAAGCAACCCCCGGCCGUCGUGUGGAGGGAGUACGCGUCGCGGUUGGAGGCGGCUGCGGAGGGAGGCGGGCGGGGGAAAAGGAGGAGGCACGCCGCGGUGGUGCCCCGCCCGCGUCUUCCGCACCCCCGCAUCGACGGCCUGCACCUCAUGACCUACAAGGCCUUCUUCCUGGCCCUCGAGUUCUACCUCGGACCCACCCUCGUCCCCAAUCUCUUCCACGUCAGGACCAUGUCCCUCACGAGGGCGCACGACCGCGUGUUCGAGAGAUCGUACCGGCCCAUGAGGGACUGCGAGAUGGACGACGAAGGCAUCCUCGUGUACCGCGACGGAACCCUCGAUCAAGUUACCAGGAUCGUUUGCAGCCAACACGGCGGUGAUGAAAUCGACGACGACGACGACAGCAACCGCGGCACCGAUGCUUCUCGAAUCAGCUCCAGCGCCGAUAACUCCACGAAGAAAACCAAGUGCGACGAUGGCCUCAAGAACGCUGUUAACGCAUCAUCGUGCCUGGUUCCGCUCAAGGAUCUUUUCCCAACCGGCGGCUUAAGUUCGCGUAGGGAUGUUUCUUGAUUUACUUCUUUCUUCUUUAGCAUUCUUUAAUAUUCGUGGGAUUUAGGCCUUUUUUAACAUGUUCUACCGAUUGUGCUGCCUAGGAGUGCGAUCAAACUAACAACGGCAAUCAGAUUCUGUCAAGUGUAAAUACAUGUGAAGUAGGAUUGUAUGAACAACUUACUAGACUUGGCAUGGUAAGAAGGAUUCAUGGAGUUUGCUAGUAUUAUCAUCCAGUUAGUUAUCUGAAACUACUUACAGAUUUUAGAUCGAUCAAACUCUAGGAGAUAUUUUCAGUACUGAUCCUUGGAAGAAUGUGAAUGGAGUUCAAUACUUCAUCUGUUGGAUGCAAGUAGAUGGGGGGAAGCAAUGCCCCCCACCGAAUACACAGCAGUUGUCGGUACCAGUGAGUCGUUGGUACCAGUGUGUUACCAGUGUGUUGAAUAUAAGUGAAUGGAGAAGAGGUGGAAGAGAAAAUGGAUUUCAUUUUGAAUGGAA